AUGCCGUGAGUAAGAUAUAAUCUUUUUCUAGUUCCUUUUACUACUUUUUGUCGUUUUUUGUCACCCCCUCAAAAUAAUCAGCCAGUAGUUUUGGACUCUAGAACCGCGGUCGAUUGAUCUGAGAUGAAAGUCUGCCCAGAUUCUGUGUAAACGUAGAGACUAGACGUCUGGAGCCACCUGCAAGUAGUAGGACGUCAGCCUUCGAAAUUGUUAUCCAACAGGAGGCCUCGUCUCCUGACACUGUUGACGGAUGGCGUCUCCUGUGCAGCGGCACUCCCUCGCCGGCUCUUACCUCAUUACAACUUGAACUUGGUCGCCUGGGGUUCACCGGUCUCGACACUAUUUCCUCACCACGCGUCGCAUUCAACAUAUGGCAGUCAGAAGAAAGUCAUCCUCGUGCCCUCAACUCGUUCGGAAGCUCAAUCGAGGCAGUUGCACCAGUCGGAAUGAUGGUUCGAGCGCGAGCAGCACGAUUCGUGCUGAUCUCGCUCCUGUUGCUGAUCAGCGCCGGCAGCUGCGAAAUCAAGGUCGUGGGCAACAUGGCUGUCGUCGCCAACCCUAUCGGGCACAUCGGCACUCCUGACACUCAACUUUUUGCUGAUAUUGCAAAUCUCUGGUGAGAAAUUUGUCUGCUUCAAAGUUUUUAUCAGUUUUUUUUUGAGGUGCGGCACACAGAAGCUGGGAGAACAUGUCAAUGUAGAGUACGGCGAAUUCACCCGUCUCAAAGAUGGUAAGGUGCGUCAACACUCUUGGUCUGAGAAAAAUUUUCGAUUCAUUUGGUUUUUUCCAAUUUUUGAUGGAAUGAGCACUUUUUUCGAGCACAAACUCUCAUGCGGACCCGGGGUCUCGGCAUGUAUAAAUUUGCCAUUUUGUAGAGCUUUUUAUUUCGUGUCGAACGGUGUACUUGAAAAUGUACAGAAAGUCCUAUUUUUGGAGAAAAAAUAAUUGAAAAUUGUUGAGAGAAAAUUUUUGCCGUCAAAAGGGCGUUUUGCAGUAAAGUUGCUCUAUGGACAAAGAGCGUCGUCAAUUUUCGGUUUUUUUCUUCGUUUCUUCAGCAUUAAAAAUUUUUUUCUGUUGUCACAAAUUUUUUUGGUCUUGAUAGCUUUCUAAUUAUAUAUAAGUUAUAAAUUUUUGGACGAAAAUUGCUUUUCUGGUGAAAAAAAUGAUGAUUUUGUAGAGAUUUCGCUUGAAAAAAAUUGCUGUGUUAUGUUCUCUAGGGAAUAAUAUAUUAUUUGGAAUCGUAAAAAAAUUCUUCACUCUCGACCUCUAGAAUUUAGUCAACGGUUCAUGUUGAAGAAGUUUUUUUCAAUAAAAAAAUUGAAAAAUGAAAUAUAUAAAUUUGAAAAAAAUCUACCCGCAAAUGCUACGAAUUUGUGAAUUACUCAUCGCAGAAAAAUGUAGUUAUGUCUUUUUUUAUAUUAAUGUUCAAAGAUCAUUUCCAGGUCUUCGAGGGUCAUGUUCAAACGGGAAAAGUUUACUUGGAAGUCGGCAGAGCACCUGUCAGCGUUGCCGGAAAAUAUCGCUGCGAAGUCCGUACCGUGGAGAAAAAGAUUUACAGCGGCAACCUUAUAAUCUAUCGUCAGUUUUAGUCAGACUCAUUGUAUUUUAAAUCAAAUUUUUAUUUAGUUCCACCAGUGCUCACCUUUGAUAAACCAAUCAAGGCCAGAGAAGUCAAUGAUUCUCGUCCUCCACAAGUUAUAGGUUCGUGAGAAUGUUAGCUGUUUGACAUUGAUGAACAAACUUUAUACCGCGCCAGCUUGAUAUGAUUUGGUAUCUCUCUGAUAUACAAAAAUUAUCUCUUCAAUGCCCGCGGUCUCUGUAUGCAUGCGCCUUUGAUGUAACAGAAGUUUCAGACCGGAAAAAAAGGCGCAUGCACAAAAACAACCCGCGCGCUUCGAACGAAAUGAUUCUGUAAAAAAAAAUUCCAUGGAAAGCAAUUUUCAGUUUUUUGCGGUCAACAUUUUUUAGUUUCUUAGAAUUAUAAAACAGUUGCGGUAAUUUACAUCUUUCGCUCUGAUUGAUCAUUAUUUUCUUGUAAAAAUUGAGUUGAAUGAAUAAGUAUUAAAAAAAUUAAACUUAACACGAAACUUUUGUGGAACCGCGAGAAAAAAUUUGAGGAAAAUUUUCAGGUGUUGAAAGAAGAGGGCUCGAAGGAGAAACUCUGACGCUCGAGUGUCCGGUAAUAUCAUAUCCAGAACCGAUGGUUCGAUGGGAAAAGGACAACACCACAAUAGGUAAUAUUCCAUCAUAAAAAUACCCCGAAAUGCAAAAUUAUAUCUGACUCUCUAAAAUUUAUUCAUCUUUUUUUUUUUACUGCGACGGCUUUUUUAUGCAUGUUGAAAAUUAUUUCAGCGAUUUCCAAAUUGACGCGUUUUUCGUUCAAAAAGAUUUCGCGAAAUAAGAAUUCCGGGAGCCCUUAAGAAAAACUACUAGAGCUUUUCAACGAAAUAUUCGAAUUCGCGCGUAAAAAGCACCGUAGAAAGCACAUCGUUGUAGUACCCUUUUUCAACGGCUCUGGAAUUUAAAAUUGCUUACUUCACGAAAUAAUUUUAGACGAAUAACGCGUCGUGAAAUCGCCGAAAUUACUUUUCACUGACGGCUGCCAGAAUUUAGAGAAAAUUUUAACAAAGUACUAGAAAACUUUUGUUGUAAUUUUCAAAAGCGCAGGCCCCAUAAAUGACCUAACAUAGACUAGACGUUUCACUUUGUAUGUCAGUCAGAAGUAGCUUGAAGCAACAUUGUCAGACAACGAAAGGUAGAUAUUGAUCAUUUCAGUACCAUCGAACACCACGACAUACGAUGGAAAUAACCUCGUUCUGUCUCCUCUAUCUGAAGAGCAUAUUGGAAUGUACCGAUGUAUAGCGGACAACUCCUUCCCACUUUUCGUCGACGGUCCAUCAAUGCCUCAUCAACUUUACUAUGAUCAAUUUGUCAAAAUAUUGUAA